UGCUGAUUAAAUAUUGAUCGACAAGAAUAUGCCUACAACUUUCAAUAGAAUAAUGAAGAGGUCGACCUGAUCAAAGGUCAUCUUGAAAUACAAAUGGUACUAAGUUAGGCAACUCCUACUAAUGCUAAUAUGACAAAGGAAGGAAAGGGAGCUGCUACCAUUCGUAGACGAAAGCUUAGACAUAACCAGGAUGCCCGUGAUCGAGUUAAAAAUUCAUGCCCAAUGUCACCAAUUCAUUCAGAUGAUGAGCAAGAAAUAGAUGAAGAGGAAGAAGGAUAUAUCUUUCAGGAAGAAGUUCUAGGGCCAUUGAUUGUCAAGAAACUGAUGGCAACACAAAAGACCAUCUUCCUUGGAUUAAUAGCUUUAAGGGUCUGCAAUGCAUUAAUGAUACAGACAUAUUUUGUCCCUGAUGAGUAUUGGCAGUCAUUGGAGGUGGCCCACAAGAUUGUGUUUGACUAUGGUUAUCUUACAUGGGAAUGGAGACAAGGAAUUCGCAGUUACUUCUAUCCAACAAUCUUUGCCUUUCUGUACAAAAUCCUAGCUGUUCUAGGAUUAGAUUAUCGACUUUUGUUGAUAAAACUGCCAAGGAUCCUUCAAGGAGUAAUAGCAGCAUGUGGUGACUUGUACCUGUUUAAGUUGUCAUGGAAACUGAGUGACCGUGCCACUGCCCAAUGGACAUUACUGUGUCAGAUUCUGUCCUGGUUCACUCUCUAUUGCUGUACUCGCACACUGUCAAACUGUAUGGAGACUGUCCUCAUUACCAUGGCAUUGUACUACUUCCCUUGGCCAAACAUCAAAGGGUGCUCUGUGCCAAAGUUUGUCGCCCUGGCUGCCAUGUCCGUCCUAAUCCGUCCUACAGCAAUUGUCAUCUGGAUCCUCAUGUGUUCUUGGCACCUCCAAAACAACCAACAGAGACUGGUUAAAGAUCUCAAACAUUACUUCAUUAUUGGGUCUGUGUGUUUCCUGGUCUCCACAUUCCUGGACAGUGCUUACCAUGGAGACUGGAUCCUAGUCCACUACAAUUUCCUACAGUUUAAUGUACUGCAUGGUGGAGGAUCUAUCUACGGAAACCAUCCCUGGCAUUGGUACAUCACUCAAGGCUACCCAGUCAUCAUGGCAACACAUCUCCUUCCCUUCAUCCUGGGAGCAUACAAGGCUAAAAAUAAAGUUCUCCUAUUUCUUGUUAUCUGGACUAUAUUUGCAUACAGUUUCAUUUCCCACAAAGAGUUUCGAUUCCUGAUGCCUAUUUUGCCACUUUCGAUGCAUUAUUGCGGUGUAUAUUUCCAAGCAUUGUGUCGAAGACCACGUUUGAAGAAAAGGAAGGUGAAGAAGCAGAACGGUGUUUUGACAGAUGAGGAUGCUGCGAGUCGUUACAGUAGCUGUGAUAGUCUUGUCAGCAGUGUCAGUACAGAGAGUUCUGUCAGUACAACGAGUAUGGGAUUGGGCAGUACGGAUAGCUCAGUCAGUACAGCAAGUGCAGGGGUGGACAGCCAGGUCACAGACUCUACAGGAAGUAAUAAAGAAACAGUGCUACAAAGUACUGACAAAGUUAUUACAGACACAAAUCAAUCACCAGAUGGAGCCACCAGUUCCUCACCAGGGGGCAGUGCAAAGCAGCAAUCUGACUCACCAGUAAAAGAAAGUGAGAAAGAUCCAAUAGUCGUGCAAAAGACACAACAUAAAUAUAAUCUUAUGAAGGCAAAGAUAUUUGUGGUGAUGCUUGUGGUCAUUAACAUUCCUGCAGCUUUAUAUUUUGGGCUUAUACACCAAAGAGGGACAGUUGUGGUCAUGAAAUAUUUAUAUGACCAGAGUUUGGACAAAAGUAUGGACAUUCUUUUUCUCACUCCUUGUCACUCAACACCGUACUACAGUUAUCUGCACCAAAAUAUAAGUAUGAGGAUGCUGACAUGUGAGCCCAACUUGUCUAGGAAGGAGAAUUACACGGAUGAGGCAGACCAGUUUUAUAAUCACCCAGUCCGGUGGCUGAAACAGGAGUAUAAAGUAAAUCUGACACCUUUGCCAAGUCAUAUUGUUUAUUUCAACAAAUUGCAAACGAACAUAACAGAAUUUCUAACUCAGAGUGGAUACAAAGAAUGUGGUAAUUUUUUCCAUACUCAUUUUUCUGAAGGUCGAGUUGGUAGUCAUAUUAAGGUCAGCUGUAGAUAACGAAAUGCAAAAUCACCAGACAGGUCAUGUCAAGGUCAGGUAAAGCCAGUAGGGUGCAGAGUUUGGGUCCCUGAUCAUUGGUACACUGCCACUAGUAGGGUUGUCACAGGACUGUUACUGUUACUGAAGGGCAUGUGUGGACAUUAUAUACAGCUGAUCAGGGGUAUAGUCACUCUGUAGGGCCGUCACAGGACUGUUACAGAACAUGGGCCCUGAAGGGCAUGUGUGGACAUUAUAUACAGCUGAUCAGGGGUAUAGUCACUGUGUAGGGCCGUCACAGGACUGUGACAGACAUGGGUUCUGAAGGGCAUGUGAGGACACAUCUUUCGUGUGUUAUCUCUAAUUCAAGGUAAUAGGUGUUCGUGAAGGGCAUGUGAGGACACU